UAUACCCCCCAGCGCCGUUGAUGAUUCUUGAUCCCGAGGCGUCAGAAGCGGAGAGGAUUGCCCUGAUUGAAUGGGCAAAUAAGGAGAUCCGUGACGGAAGCCUGCCGCCCGCUGAAACCUCAUCCACAGAAGAAUCGGUUGAGGAUGAGGUGGAGGAGGCCGCGGAAUCACAGCUCAUCCCCACCUACAAAACGCUGUAUUGGGGAUUACACACACACACGACGAAACCCAUUCGGAGAAACAAAACAUGAUUGGGACAUGGAGACUUCGGAGAGGGAGAGUGUGGCGGGAGCGAAACCGGCGAAGAGGAAAACGGCAAAGAAGCGGAUAAAGAAGAAGGCUGGGAUAGAAGACGACGCUGGAGAUCAGGCAGUUGGUGAUACCAUCAGCGACGAAGGCGGUUCCGGGGAAACGGUGGGGAAAGCAGCUCAGAAGGCGUCUCGGAAGAAAAAAAUAAGCAAGAAGAGCGAUCUUGAAGAAACCGCUGGAGGAGAGAAUGCUGCAGAUGUUGGUGAUACCAUCAGCGACGACGGCGGGUCCGGGGAGACGGUGAAGAGGCCUGCUAAGAGGGGCCCUAGGAAGAAAACUAUAAGCAAGACGGGCGAUCUCGAAGAGAUUGCCGCAGAACAUGUCAUCAGCGACGGUCGGCUGGCUGAAACGUCGGAGCAGCGGUCACAGGAGCCUUCUAAGAAGCGAACAAUAAGCCAAAGGAUCGGAGAAUCGAUACAAAAGCCCAAGAAGGAAAAGAUCGACAAGAGCGACCAAGAAGAGACCGCUGCAGUAGAAGAUAUUUUCCCCUCUAUGACCAACGGCGCCAAACCGGUGGAGUUAUCCAAGAAAGCUGCUAAGGCGAGCGGGUAAAGGUCCCUGUCGACUAGAAUCCUAGAGCGCAACUCCAUGCGCAGAUCGAAGAUAUGGGACGUCCACUGCACGGAUAGAUGUAUGUUGCGGCGUAUCUACCCUCCCCAGCAUGCGUAAGCUACUCAAAGUAGAAGAAGACUCUUCUCUGGGCU